CCUUACUUUUAUACCAAAAUAAAAAUACAGUUGAUCAAAAUCCAAACAAACGAUAAGUUCUUUCAUUUUGUAUUGUUUAUUUGAAAUAUUUAAAUCGUGUUCAAUGUGUUUGUGUUAACCUGAUAAUAAACUAAACUAAGUUGUCCAAAUGAGUAAAGAAGAUAAACACGACGAACUUUUUUUGAAUGUUUUAAAAGAAGAAGGACAGAUUUUACCAUUUUUAAAUUCCGUGUUUGGCUUUUUAUACAGGAGAACUGACUUUUAUCUUGUCAAAGACAACCAAGAUGGCAAGAUUGGAUUCCUCCCGGGAGUCGCAGAAUUGGCUGUCAGAGACACAUUCAGGAAGUGGCAGAAAAUAGCAGCAGCUACUAACGGAAAUGUAUCAUGUAUGGAAAACAGUUUAGCCAACGUAGUGAUCCAUGAGGAAGAAGUAGUUACCACCGACUAUGAGACCGAGCCAAUUGAGGCAGUGCAGCCAACCGAACAGGAAAUAUCAAGAAACCUGCAAGUUUGUGAUGAUGACAUCAGCAGUGACACAUACAAUGGUGCAGACCGUGGGAGCUACAGAUGGUCUCAGACUCUUACAGAAGUAGAUAUAAAAGUGCCUGUCCCAAAUUGGCUAACCAGCAGUAAAGGUGUCACGGUGGAAGUGGGUUCUACACGGGUGACUGUAUCUUGUAGGGACCACGAAGGACGUAUGAACACUCUGGUGGAGGGGGAGCUCAACUACAAACACCUACGUGAGGAGUCCAUCUGGACACUGACCCCGGGGAAACAUGUUACCAUUCAUCUUGAAAAGGCGAAUGAGCAAUGGUGGGACAGUAUUUUUAAAACUGAAGAUAAAUUGGACACAACUAAAUUUGAUACAACCAGACAUAUUAAUGAGCUACGAGAGGAUGAUAAAAUGCAGGUUGAGAAGAUUUUAGUUAGAGAGGAAAACAAACGCCUUGGCAUUUUACCCCCAGAACACCAGGAGAAAAUUGAUAUUCUCAAGAAAGCGUGGAAUGCUCAAGGAUCUCCGUUUCAAGGCCAACCAUUUGACCCAUCAGUACUACAACUGCCGCAGUGAUAUUGUUUUUGUGAGUUUGUGAAUGUGCUAUCUGUAUUUUUUAAUGUAUUUUGUAAUAUAUUUUUUAUAGUAAAACUAUAGAUGGAUUAGUUUAUUAGAUUGAAACCUGACCAUGUCUAGAUAGAUCUAAAAGUUAAUUUUUAUCUUGUAACAAUUUUGUUUUUCAAUAUUUCAUGGAUAAU